CAGGUAACUUCUUCCUGAACAAGAACAUGGAGGUGAAGAUCGGAGACCUGGGGCUGGCCACCAGGGUGGGCCCAGGAGGCCGCUGCCACAGAGUGCUCUGUGGGACCCCAAACUUCCUGGCCCCGGAGGUCGUGUCCAGAAACGGGCACUCCUGCCAGUCGGACAUCUGGGCUCUGGGCUGCGUCAUGUACAUGGUGCUGACUGGCGCCCCUCCCUUCGUGGCGGCACCCUUGUCGGAGAUGUACCAGAAUAUCCGAGACGGCCGCUACCCCGAGCCUGCACAUCUGUCCUCCAAUGCACGCCGCCUCAUUGCCCGCCUGCUGGCACCCAACCCGGCCGAGCGGCCCAGCCUGGACCACCUGCUGCAGGAUGACUUUUUCACGCAGGGCUUCACCCCGGACCGGCUGCCGCCCCACUCCUGCCACAGCCUGCCCAUCUUCUCCAUCCCCCAGCCUCUGGGCAGGCUCUUCUGGAGGGUGGGCCGGCUGCUGCUGCCCCAGUGCCGGAGGCCUUGCCCCUUCACUCCUAAGGAGGCUUCAGGUCCAGGAGAAGACGGCCCUGACCCUGACUCCAUGGAGUGCGGUAGUGAGGCCUCCCUGUCAGAGGGAGGGGCUCCGUGCCCUGAGCGCCCUGUCCACCUGCUCAGCCAGGGGACCCUCGGGAGUGACCCGGCGGGGCCCCAGGGGAGCCCGAGGCAGGAAGUAGAGGCAGCCAUCAGGAGCCUGCAGCUUUGCCUGGACUCUGGCGCCCCAGCCACGCAGGACCCCCCAGGAGAGCAGCGGCCCAUCCUCUGGGCCCCCAAGUGGGUGGAUUAUUCCAGCAAGUACGGCUUUGGCUACCAAUUGUCAGACGGGGGCAGUGGUGUCGCUUCGGGAUGGCACCCACAUGGCCCUGCGUCCCGCAGAGGGGAGGGGGGCCUGUCCACAGCCGCCUGGCCGGCAGCCCCCAGCCUCUGCCUGCUGCGCUUCCUGGUGUCCGAGCGGGCCGCACUCCUGCUGUUCAGUGAUGGGACGGUGCAGGUCAGCUGCAGUGGAGACCAGGCUCAACUCGUGCUGAGUGGUGGGUGUGAAGAGCUGCGGCUCACGGUCUGGGAGCAGGGCCAGCCUGGCACCUCCUACCCGCUGGGCGUCCUGCGGAGCCACGGCUGUGCUCCGGCUGCCCGCCAGCACCUUCAGCAUGCGAUCCACAUGCUUCAGAGCAUCUAGCUUCCCUGAGGGUCAAGGUGGACCUCUGCAUGUUGAUGCCUAGGACCCAAGCUCCCUUUCUGUCCCUUUUGCUCCCCCAGAGGGGACGUCCUUGGGGACAGCUGGGGGAGCAUGCAGGGGGUAUAGGAGGUGGGGGUCCUGGCCUCGUGGCAUGACUGUUCAACCCAGACUUGUGUUUGGAAUUGUUCUUUUAUCAUUAAAGUAAACUUGACUCUGCA